AACAUUCACGAUAAUAGGGGCGCGUCUCCGACACCGCCGCCGACCAAUAAGCCGCGUGUCUGGGCAGAGAGCGAGCGGCCGAGCGCACGCCGAGGCCCAAUCAGCGCUUUUGUGUUCACUGCCGGCGCCGGGGACUGCACGGGAAAGAGGUGCCGCAGCGCUUCAGGAUCGGAGAGCGAGCCCGGAGCCAGAGCAACCUGAGGCGGUGAAGGCGAGUCAGAUCACUGUCCCCCUGGAGCAGAGGUUAGACAGGCCAAGCGUCAGGUCUGAGUGCAGUGGUGCUCGUCACCUGCUGUCCCUCUCCUCUGGAGCUGUGAAUGUAGCAACGGAUGCCUCAUGAUCUCAUAAGAGCAUUGCUGAAGUCGUAUUUCUGCUUUUGCACGCCCUCAGGGAGGUCACACUCGCGCUGGAGUGCUGCCGUCUGUGAAAGUGAGCUCAUAGAGGUGACUACAGCACAAGGGGCUCGCUGCCUCACUGUCAUUUUAACAUCUGAAUCACACAAAGCCGAGCGAGGAUAUCGCUACUGGGCUGCGGAAACCGGAAACGGCUGUGUUCAGAAUUGUGAAGAAAAAAAAAUCCCUUUUCUCCCCCUCAUUUUCUCCCUAAUUUGAUUUUCCACCCACCAGCCAGCUCUCCUGUAUCAUAUGACGGCUACCGACCAAGGAGGGUGAAGGCUAGCGCAAACUUCAUCUGAGAAGCCAAAGCUAACCGCAUCUUUCCAUCUGCUGCAUCACAGAGCAGCGUAACUCUAUCAUAGGACAUCGCUGUCUGCCCUCUUACACAUACACCAGCUCCCAGAUGUCCACGGCUGGUCAGUUUUGCUGUGAUUGACAAGAGAUGGAGCGGAUGUCUGAGGAGGCGUUGAGGUUGAACUUGCUGAAGCGCGGCCUGGAAACGGCCGACGAGAGGGAAGAAGCGCUGGCCAAGCGCCUGAAAAUGGAGGGUCACGAGGCUAUGGAGCGACUGAAGAUGCUGGCAUUGCUCAAGCGCAAAGACCUCGCCGCUCUGGAAGGAGCCGCUGUGGCGGAGGGGAAAGGACCCGGGGCCAGCCAGGGGCUGAUGGGAGCCUCCGCGAUAUAUGAGGAGAAGCUGAAUGGGAGCUUGAGGAGCACAGGUCAUGGAGGACCCAGCAAGAAUGGCAAAGAGAACAUGAUGGACGAACCUGUGGACAUGAGCUCCAAGAGGAGCGGUGUGGAGCGAGAGAGGUGUACUCCAUCUCCAGAUGUGAUUAUCUUGUCAGAUAAUGAAGCGUCAAGCCCGAGGAGCACUCCACACCCAGAGGAGCGCCGCCAUCACCCCAACCUAGACAUGUUCAAGGGGAAGACGGGCGAGGAGAGGCAGCAGAUGAUCAAAGCCCUACGUGAGGAGCUGAGGCUGGAGGAGGCCAGGCUCGUGCUGCUGAAGAAGCUGAGACAGAGCCAGAUGCAGAAAGAGAACGUCGUACAGAAGGUUCCAGUCGUUCAGAAUCCCCCCUCCUCGGUUCAGCCCUCCACCAUUCACAGCUCACAGGGGAUGACCAAACUGCCUGUGCGGCCUGGCAUGCAUACGUCUGAACCUCAGAACCUCCGCACAGCACAGGGCCACACGGUGAUCAGGUCUGCAGUCAGUGCCUCUCUGCCCCCCAUGAUGAUGUCUCAGCGGGUGAUUGCUCCUAACCCAGCUCAGCUGCAGGGACAGAGAGUGCCCUCUAAGCCGGGCAUGGGCCGACCCUCCACAGGGAGCAUGAGCAAUGCAAUCAACUACCAGCAGGCUGCUAGCCAACAGGUGGCGGCCUCUCAGCGCUCCGGCUCCUCGGCGGCUCUCUAUAUGAACCUGGCCCACAUGCAGGCGGCCGGGGCGGCAGGAGUGCCAGGUGUGCCAGGUGUUGGGGUGGGCGUGAGCGGCGUGAGUGCAGUUAGCCCCUCUGCGCUUCCUGGUAGCUCUAGCGUGGGCUCUGUGGGCUCGUUGAGUGAUCAGGCCAGCAGCCAGGCAGCCGCCAAGCUGGCCUUACGCAAGCAGCUGGAGAAAACACUGCUGGAGAUCCCUCCACCCAAACCUCCCGCACCCCUGCUCCACUUCCUGCCCUCCGCCGCAAACAGCGAGUUCAUCUACAUGGUGGGACUGGAGGAGGUUGUUCAGAGCGUCCUCGACAGUCAGGGUAAAAUGAGAGGUUCACUAGGACGCACAGAGCCGUUCUUCUGCGCCCAGUGCAGGACUGACUUCACCCCCCACUGGAAGCAGGAGAAAAGCGGUCGCAUCCUGUGUGAGCAAUGCAUGACCUCCAACCAGAAGAAGGCCCUGAAGGCUGAACACACCAACCGUCUGAAAAACGCCUUUGUCAAGGCCCUGCAACAGGAGCAGGAAAUCGAGCAGAGGCUUCAGCAGCAGGCGGCUCUGUCUCCGAGUGCGGCUCAGACUGUCCCCAGCGUCAGCAAGGCUGAGAGCAUGAUCCGGCACCACGCACUCCGACAGGCUCCUCAGCCACAGGCAGCUCUGCAGCGGGGUUUAUCCAGCUCGGCGCGUGGUGUGCUAUCUAACUUUGCCCAGGCCUCACAGCUCUCAGUGGCCAGUGGACUGUUGGGUAUGACCAGCAAGCGCUGUGGAGGAGGCAGUGCCAGCAGCAGUCAGUCACAUGAGAGCCGCAGACAGAUUUAUAACAUCCCCGGAUUGAAUAUUGCCUAUUUGAACCCGGGAGGUCACAAGGCGUCCAGCCUGGCGGACCGGCAGAGGGAGUAUCUGCUGGACAUGAUCCCCCCACGCUCCAUAUCCCAAUCUAUCACUGGCCAGAAAUGAGCUCACACACACCCACACUGCAACCAUCACCCCUGUCGCAUGCAGUGCCUGUCCGUGUGCCUACCCAACUAACCCAUGAGAAUAACUCAGCCAGACGAACACCAGACUGUCUCAACUUCCAUUUCCUACUAUAACAAAGCUCUUUAUUUCUUGCUAUUGCUCUGUCAGUUAUCACCUUUAUUAUUAAUAUUAUUAUUAAUAUCAUUAUUGCUUGUGUUACAGGUAUUCUUAUGUUUAUUAGUAGUUUUAGUGACUUGUGGAUUUUUUUUUUUCUGUUUGACAUUUUUUAUUUAUUUCUUUCUCAAGGAAGGGGCUAGAUUUCAGGGUUACUUGAAAACGUGUUGCUCUUAUUUUCCUUCUUAGCUUCCUCCCUUUUGCACCCUGUAAAAUGAUGAGAGUUGGCUCUCACGUUACAAAAGCCCUUUUUUUUUUUUAAUUAUGUAGCCGUUUAUUGAAGCUUACGUCUGUAGUUAAGCUUUUUGGAACGAGAACAGUUCAUCUAUGCCAUGUGGUUUAAAAAGAAAAAAAAUCUUUGUAGCAAACACAUUUCAAAGAGAAAGAGCCCUGGUGGAGACUGUCUGAUGGAAUGACGGACUUUUCUAGUAAACUAACCCUAAUGCACUGAGACGCUAACGCUGUUCUGCCUUGAGAAGGCAACAUGAUACGAGAACACUUGGUGCUGUGUGCAGAAUCUUUUGAAGGAUGUUUAGGUCACGUACUACACAGCGGAAGGAUGGCUGAAAACGAGCAGCGACAGAAGCAUUGCGAUGAUCAAGCUAAUAACACGCAGUGCGUUUCUGAUCAAGGCUGCCGUUGAAUAUACAGGAUUUGCAGCAGAUUUGGAGGCCUGGAUUAGCGCAUCUUCCACAUCCCCUCAAUGCCUUUAUAUUCAUGACAUCGACGCCGUGAGAACGUCUCUUGCGGUGCCAUGUGAUUAGCUGCGUAUGGAGGAAGUGAGCAUCCAAAUGAACCUAAUUCCCUUUGUCAGUCUCAAUUCUCCUUCAGCGUCCUUAAUUUUCUAUUUCCCUCUAUGGCGGCGUCUCCUGCUGAAACGGUUGCGUAUCUGAGAGGUACUUACCACAGGAGACGAUAAUCAUCAAAACGGUAAACGGACAGAAACUAUUCAAAUAUCUAUAUGAUGUGUGUGUAUAGAUUCUUAGCAUGAGAUAAGGUUAAAAAGAUGGAGGUGGUAUAUCUAUAAUAGCGUAGGCAAGGGUCAAUCACCGUGAUGGGGACAACUCAUGUGAGAUGCCUUUUUCUCCAGGAGCACUUUUUUUAAAAAAUUUUUAAAAUCGAGAACUGAAAACUAAAAUGGUUAGGAAAGAGGACAAGAAUGUUUCAGCUCCCAGGCUCUUGCGGUAUGGAUGUCACCAGACCGUCUCAGAGAGAGUUAGGAGAGAGAUCGUGUUGUGAAUGUCAGACCGUCGGUUCAUUUCUGCUGUCCAUCCUGUCAGUGCCUCGGGUCCACCAGUACGUUUCAUGUAAUGUUUUGUAACUGUCUACACUUUUCUACAUUUCAGGCCAGAAUCCAAACAGGGCAGUAUGGCAGAUGUUGCACAAGGUGGCAGCAUUUGCAGUGUUUGGUCAGUAUGCAGUAUUAGUUUCUCCUGUAAGUUUCAGACUGAGAUCAAAGCUCUUUUGUUUUUGUUUUUGUUUUUUUCGGUGCUAGACAGCAUUAAAGCUGCAUGUCCUUUUCUCACUCUGCUAGUGAAUUAGCACUUACUGGACUCUUGUCAGUUGCUUUACUGAAGCAAUAUGUGUAGAUUACACAGCAAAAUACAAAUGGGUGACCAAGAAAAAAAGCUGGUGGUUCUGUCAUACAUUGGCUUUCACUGUUGGUAUGGAAGAGUCUCUAAAAAUCAAUUCAAAACUCUUCUGACUGAUCAGCUUUAUCCUAUGAUGAACCAUUUCUACCCCUACAGCCAACAUGGGCCCACUGAAUGGGUGGAUAAGUGGAUAUUAUGGCUGUUUUUGAUUGUCAUGUCUUUCACAGUCACCACACCUCGACCCAGAUCAACACCUCUGGGUGUACACUGUCAGGUUUAUCCAACACCAUCAUCAGAAUACCAGUCGAAGGAAUAUCUUCUGGUAGAGUAGCGUCCAUCCUUCCAAUUCAGUUCCACAGACUAGUGUAUAUGCCUGCUUUCUGAUUGUUCUCUUGGCUCACGGUGAUCCAGCAACUUAAAGAUAUUUAUCAGGGUGCCAGUGGAUCUGGAGCUUAUUCCAAAAACACUGGAAUACACCCUGGAUAGGAUGCCGGCUUUUUUUUUUUUUCUUCUUCCUUUAAUCUGUCACCCAUUUGUGUCGGGUUAAUUUGAUGGCUUCAAAUGGUUUUGUAAUCGUUGACACACUGCAAGAACCUGAGUAGUUCCUUUACCACAGACUACAAGAAGCACUGAAAUCACGUGUUACAUAUGAGCACUUUCUCAUAAAGUGCUACUUUUUGUUUUGUUUUUGAAAGAAAAGUGACCGAAUCGAGUCGUGUGUUAUGUGAAACCAUUGUUGUGCAUUGUUCUUGCUUGGGACAGAAAGAUGCAACUUUUUAAACAAAGUCAUUAGCUGUGUUUCAGAUUGUAUACUAUAUUCGCUGAACAAAUUAAGUAUGGACACUUAUUUUUUAUUGUUUUGGGGUUUUUUUUUUUUGCACUAACCUGUCCCAUCAUGCACCACAGAACAAAGGGGGAGGGUUUUAAGCUAGCAGCAGAUAACACCCGUGUCUGUGGUGCUGUUAUUAAACAUUCCCAAAUCUUUACAUUUUAAAAUGAAAAAUAAACGUAGCACAGCAAAUGUUAGUGAGCUAGCUAACAUCAGGUAGCACUGAACCCUAAUCUGGCACUAUUUUUUAUAUUGUGUUAAGUCCCAACAUUUGAAUUGAAUGAUUAUUUCAUGGACCUACGGUCAUCGCUUGUGACUUGAGACACAGCUAUCAAAACUACCUUGGCUUUGAUUCACAGGUGCAAUAUUAAAUGAUAGAAAGUUUACGCUUAAGAGAUUUGUUCGUUUUUGCUGACUCUAAUCAGUCCCCUUUGAAGGCAUACAAUGUUUUGCUUGUCUGAUUUUGAGUGUCUUGUAGGCUGUGUACAGUCAGUCUCUCUUCUCUCUGCUAAUCUCUCUGCCAGACUGUAAUGGAUGCAUCCAUACACAUCUAUCGAGAUCUACCAGUCGGAUUUUUUGAAACGUCGUUUUUCUAGGGUUUUAAAAAACAAAUCUUCCUUUUGGUUUCCUUGUUUUACUUUCGAUUUGAUUUAUUAUUUUUUUUGUUUGUUUGUUUAUUUAAUUUGUGAACUUUCAUACAAAAAAACCUACAUGUAAUCAAACAAAAAAAAAAAAAAAACCAGAACAGAACUAUGAGAUGGCAACACAAUAUUUACUAGGUCAUAAGUAAUAAUGACUUAUUGUACAUAUGCUUUUUUUCUCCUUUGAAUUAAAAAAUGAAAUUAAAAUGGUUGUAUAUUGUGUAGAAACGCAAGCAAAAAGCCAUGAAUAUUGUGAAGCUUGUCAUUUCGUUUAGUGAUCACUGUGUAUUAUUGUGUAACAAAUGUGCAAAAUGUAUGGGAUUAUACUUCUCUUGUUUUGGAGCUCUUUUUGAUGCAUUUUUCUCCCAGGCUGUAUGUUUUUGUAGUAUGUAGUAUUUGCAAAAGGAAAAGAAAAAAAAAAUGUCCUGGUGGAGCGUUUGAUCCAUUCUCCAGUCUUUGGAUUUAGGACAUAAUGGGAUAAUCUUGUAUAUGUUACUUUUUUGUGUGUGUUGCUUUUUUUGUCAAUAACAUUUGAAGUUAAACCAAUGUUUGGUAAAUGCAUUGAUUUUUCUCUCGCUAUCCCAUGCAAAGUGUCGGCCUCACACGUACGCAGUGGAUCAGACGUUUGACAGUAUUAACCCCAAACCUGACCAAACCCAAAGCGCUCAGCUGUAGAUAAUGACAUGAGACGAUGCACACUUCAUUUUACCUUGAGUUCAACUACAGGGUGUCCUCUACACUUUACACUUUUGGGAGACGAUGUAUAUCUACAUUUUCUACUUCUCAUGCUGUACCAUCUUAUUUCCUUAUGCCUUUUAUUCAUGUCUUGCCCCCCCCGAGUGGGGGAUUACGCAAUGCUCUUAAGUUUCCAUGGAAGAAUUGUAUACGUUGUAUACGUCCACAGGUUAAAGAAAAUGUUUGCCUUUGACUGUUCUAUUGCUUAUUGCUUUCAGUCUAGUAAGUUUUUAAGACAAAAAGAGACAAUUUUUGCACACUUUUAAGUAUUGAUUAGAAGAGUGUGUGACCUCCUUUCAGUUGUCAUCGUCAUACACUAACUGUCCGUAAUUCCUCGAUUGGACAAUCAGCAUUUUCUGGAGACAAGCGUUUUUAAUUUUACGUCUUUCCACCAUGUAAUGUCUCUCAAGUACUCAGAUCAUUCUUUCACUUUUUUCUUUUUUUUUUCUUUUUGUCCCUGUUGUUUUCUGUAAAAAAAAAAUUUUCUUUCCUUAUUUGGUAUUUGUUGCAAAAUACAAGUCACUUUUGAUGAAGUUUGGGAGAAAAGCGGCUUUUUAUUAUAAUUUUUUUUAUUUUCUUUUAUUUUUAACUUUUUUUUUUUUUUUUUAACAGACUCGGCUGCAGUUCCACCAGUUUGAAGACUUAGAACACUUGGCAAUAUGUAAAUCUGUUUUGUUUAAAAAAAAAAAAAACAAAAACAAAAAACCAACAAAUGAAACCUUGUGAGUUUAAAAGACUUAUUGUUUGGACUGGGGAUUGGCUUUAAAAGUAAUGAAUUUGAAUCAAGGCUGAAAAUGUGCUUUUUGUCAACUUUUUUCUUUUUAUUUGGAACAUUUAAUCCAGACCUUUUGCACAUCCUUGAUAUUUAACUGUCUAAAAAUGAAGCUGAAAAACAAAAAUGCUGUUUGAUUACUGCCGAUUGAUUAACAAUUAUGCGUUGACUGAAAAAAAAAAAUAAAAAAAAUAAGCUAAUUUUGGAGGAAAUAACUUUGUAAUAUUUAUCUCUUGCAAGCUAUGUUUAAUAAAGGAUGGAACAGUUUA